AUGGGCGGCCACCUGGGCAGGCUCCGCCUCCCAGCCCCACCCCUUUCCUUCCUGGGCCAGCGCGGCCGCAGCCGCCGCCGCCGCCUCCACCACCAGCACCUCUACCGCUGCCGCCGCCGCGCUCGCCAGGCCGGGCACCUUCCCUGGACGCCUCCACCCACUCGCAGGUAUCCAGAGCGCGAGGGUCAUGCAGCGAGCUGGCCCCUGCGCCUUGUCACGGCGUGUCGGAGACGCUAUCCCAGGGUCGCUGGGGCGCUGCGCUUCUGUCUGGGCCGCCUCGCCUCCAACUGCGGGCAUGGCCUUCAGAGGAGAGCAAUGCCGUUGGCUCCCGACUGGAGGACGGCCCUCAGCUCGGCGUCUCUAGCGGGCAGCGUCGCUCUGCGUGCGGCACGGGAGCUGGCAGCCAUCCUCAUGGCGCGCACGGCACCCAGGUGUGCCCGAGGCCGCCGCCCGGGGGGGAUCCCGUCGAGGGCCGAAGCAGAGAGCCCGGGGGAAGAAAGGGCUCAGCGCGAGGAAGAGCCCGCCGCCCCCGAGGAGCCGGCCGGCCCCGAUGGCACCGGGGGUGCGGCGUCUCCAUCCGGGGGCCAGGGAGGCCCCUCUUCCUCCGAGCCCGGCCCGGGGCCUCUGCAGGGAAUGCCCGGCGCCCCGGAGGGCUCAGAAGACGCGCUGAGCUCCUGCGCCGCGAGAAACGCCAUCACGAGCUCCUACAGCUCCAGCCUAGGCUUGGUCUUCCCGGAAGCGCGGUGGCCCUGGCAGCUUCCCGACUUGGCCUUCCCGGAAGCGCGGUGGCCCUGGCUGCUUCCCGCCGCACCCCAAGCCGAAGCGAGCCGGGGCGGUCCUCAGCCUUCGUCCCACGCAGCGGACGCAGGUGCCGCCAAGGGGCAGAAGCGCCCCCGGAGAGCCGGCUCACCGCCACGCGACAGCGCCAGGCCCCGAAAACGCAGCGUUUGUCUGCUGCCACGCAGGCGAGGGCGCCCUCUGAGGCUGCCACCGCUCCCCGAGCUGGGUUUCCAAGUCACCCCAGAACACCUCGACUGGGAGAAGGCAGCCGCCUUGUGGCGCAUCCACAGCGCGCUUCGGGGUGAGAGGGUGGCCGUCGCGUACUGAGGCGCACGGCGGCCCUCGCGUUCUUGGGCCCCGCCGGCCCGCUCGCUGCAGGGACUCCUCCUGCACCAGCUUGCCCCGCCAGCCCCCAGCACGAGCCCACAGCCGGCGAAAUGCAGGAGGAAGCAGGACGCCGGAACGGAGCCGCCCACCGACCCGUGCCGUAGGUCCUCCGGUCCUCCUCGCAGAGACCCGGCGCCACCACUGGUCCAAGCGCCCCUCCCUCCAGCGGCCUGCCAAUCACUUGUGCGGUCAGUGCCAGCCCCCUCAACCAGCACAUCUGCAGGCUCGGCUCCCCAGCCUGCCUCGGACACGGUGGAGGUCGCCUCCGUGGACUGCACCGCCACCUCCCCCGCCCGCCACUCACGGAGCCUCCUGAUGGGCAGCCGCA